AUGGCCUUACAGUGCUACACGCCUCUGUUGAAGCCCCAACUGGCCCAAGUCUCGGUCAACCCUUCCAUUAACACGAUACAGAUUCCAGAGUCAGUGCUCCUCCCCUCUGCUGAAGCCUUAACUGGCCCAAGUCUCGGCCAGCCCUUCUCUAAAUCGAUGCAGAUUGCAGAUUUGCCUCGCACCAAUAUGCUCCUUGCAUAA